AUGAUCGGUGCGACAGUAGCAACUGGACGAUUGGCAGCAGCGUCAAGUUCGGCCUCGCUGCGAUUCUCGGCCACGGCAUGUACUCGACGCAGCGCAGUCGGUGUUCAGCGGGGCUCGCUAUUGUUGCGCAUGGCACAUACGUGGGCGACAGAGGCUAGCAGACCUUGGAUGAUUGCUCGACGCUUUUCGACCGAGCCGACUAAACUGAGCAUGUUCAGAACGCACGCUUCACCAUUCAGCUCCGCAUCUCGAUGCGCUUCGACCGCGUCGUCAUCCAAGGAUGGCUCGACAUCGCGCGCCGCAGCGCUGACCGAAAAAUUCCAACGUCGGCAGCGCGAAUCGUACAAGCGACGCAAUCAAUCGCUCAUGAUGUACUCUGCCGCACUGAUGGUGUUGACGCUCGGAUUCAGCUACGCCGCCGUACCUCUGUACCGUGCGUUUUGCUCAGCCACCGGAUUCUCAGGCACCCCUAUCACAGACCCUGAACGAUUCGCACCGUCGCGCUUAGUCCCCGCCUACCUCGAUCCGUCCACCAACGCCCCCACAAAGCGCAUCCGCGUCACAUUCAACGCCGACGCCUCUGACGCCAUCCCCUGGUCCUUCACCCCCGUGCAAAAGGAAAUCUACGUCUUACCAGGUGAAACCGCUUUGGCAUUCUACACAGCAAAGAACAAAUCGGAUAAAGACAUCAUCGGUAUCGCCACGUACAACGUGUCCCCCGACAGGAUCGCCCCGUACUUUGCCAAGGUGGAAUGCUUCUGCUUUGAAGAGCAGAAGCUGCUGGCUGGAGAGGAGGUCGAUCUACCCGUGUUCUUCUUCAUCGAUAGCGAUGUAUUGGAUGACCCCAGCACCAAGGGUGUCGAUGACGUCGUUCUCAGUUAUACCUUCUUCAGUGCGAGAAGGAACGCCAAGAACGGCCAGUUGGAGCCCGAUACCGACUUGAGCCAGUAUACAGUUGGCAAGGAUCUGUAG